CGUAGUGUAGAAGUAACAAUGAGCACAUGCCUUUUUACUAUUAUUUUUAGACGUGAUAUUCUAAUCUUGUAUAAUUUCAGACCAAAAGCACCCAAUUUGUAUGAAGUUUUGGGUGUUUCCAAAAAUGCUUCAGAUGAUGAUAUCAAACGCGCCUACAGAAAAUUAGCCUUGAAGUAUCAUCCUGACAAAAAUCUAGAUGACGAUCCAGAAAAAACUGAUCGUUUCAAAGAAAUUAAUCAUGCGCAUUCUGUGCUUUCGGUGCCCACAAGACGUAAAGUGUAUGAUGAAUAUGGAGACAUGGGUCUUAAACUUUUGCAGCAGUUUGGUACCGAUGAUGUUGUAGUUGGUUUGGCAUUCAAGCCGUGGUUUAAGUGGACCUUUAUCCUUUGUGGGCUUUCGACGUGUUGCUGUUUUUUCUGUUGUUGUGGUUGCAUGUUUUGCUGCAACUGUUGUUGUAACUUCUGCUGUGGCAAAUAUAAAGUACGAAAGUUUGAUGAGGUUUGUUAA